GCGCACCGACCCGGUUUGAACCGCCGCUGCAGUCUCUUCUCAUCCAUCUCCUCCUCUGAACCAUCCGCGACUGCCUCACGCGUUCUUCUUUUUCUUUUCUUUUUUCUGUGUGUGGAAGAGAGAGGGAGUGUGUGUGAAUUUCCUGGUCCCACACACUCCGGGGUGCGAUGCCAUUCCUCCCCCAGGACGCGGAGCGCUUCGAUGGGCUGUCUCUACUUUACUGGACGAUCAUGGGCCCACAUGGCAUCAACCGAGCCGUCCAGAGGUUGGAGUUCUGCGACUGUAAAAAGGGACUCGGUGUGAAAAUAAUUGGAGGUUACAAAGAGCUGACAGGUGAAGAGUUUGGGAUAUAUAUCAAGCGGGUGAUCGCGGGCGGGUUGGCUGCUCUGGAUGGCCGGCUUAAGUCAGGUGACCUGAUUUUGGAUGUCAAUAACAUCAGCCUGAUCGGGGUGACCAAUGAGAGGGCGGUGGAGAUCCUGAGGACAGCUUCGCUCUCCAACCACAUGUCCCUGCUGAUCGCUAGAGACGAUGAAUCCAGGAGGGAGUUUGCAGAGCUGAUGGAGAAGUACGGCUCCAACAACAUUGCAGCUUCUGGUCGCAUCUCCCCGACACAGCUCCCCACAGUGAAGCUGAUGGACACAGCCUCGUCCUCCUCCUCAUCCCGGUCUGAGAGCCCCCAGCUCCUCAGUCCCAAAGAGGGGGUCACUGCCUACACCCAUGCCCCGCACUACACCGCCAACCCCGCCUACAACGUGCACGCACCCGUGCAUGCCUUCAGUGACAGUGUCAUUCAGUUGAUAUGUGUUGCCAAGGGAACAGGCCUGGGGCUCAUCAUCAAGGGAGGAGCCAACCGAGCUGAAGGACCAAUGGUGUUCAUUCAGGAAAUAGUGCCUGGAGGAGACUGCCAGAAGGACGGCCGGCUGCAGGUGGGGGACCAGCUGGUAUCCAUUAACAAAGAGUCUCUGAUCGGAGUGACAUACGAGGAGGCGAGGAGCAUCCUGACCCGCACCAAACUCAGACCCGACCCAACAGUGGAAAUAGCCUUCAUCAGGUGGAGGUCGUCAUCCAGCUCCAGCAGCGGGUCGCACAGCUCCGUCUGUCUGCAGGGCUGUGGAGGAGGAGGUGGGCCCCAAACGAGGGCCCCGGGACUGGGCUGUGCGCCUCAGCUGCCUGCCGUGGUCACCAAGAUCACCUCCAGCCGAAACCCUGCUUGUGAGACGCUACCGGCCGUUAACAUCACCCAGGUUCGAGUGUCUCCAGGACGAACGCAGCAGCCCCCACAGGCUGACCCCGUCACAGAGACCAGCCCUGACUCCACCAGCGCUCAUCCUCCUCAGAGGAAAUGCUCUCUGAGCGCCAGCUGCCGUCUCAAACUGGAGAGGCUGGAACAGGCUCUGGAUCUGAUUGGUCUGAAGCCGACAGAGACUCAGCGGCAGGCGCUCAGGUCCAGACUACGAGCUGAUCCGGCCGGUACGGUGGCCUUCACAGAUUUUGAGAGCCUGAUCCGUGAGCUGUUCAAGCCCCAGCUGGAGGAGCUGGUCGGUGCCCAGCCAGGGUCCACGUUCACAUCGGACGACCUGUCCAGCCUGUUGGAGUCGCCCACCAACCCGCAGCCGUCUCUGUCAGACUUGGAGGACCUGGAGGAGAUGGAGAGGCUGAGGAAGGAGCACAUCGAGGCUCUGAGGGAGAUAAAGAGGCUGCAGGAGCAGCUGGUGGAGUCUCAGAGAGUUCACCAUGAGAUGGAGGAGGAGCUCAGUAAAGCCAAACAGGAGGUGAAGGUUGGAGCAGAGGAGAGUCGAGCUCUGAGGAGUCGCAUCCAGCUGGCCGAGGAGGCCCAGAAGCAGGCCCGGGGCAUGGAGAUGGACUACGAGGAGGUGAUCCACCUGCUGGAGGCUGAGAUCGCAGAGCUGAAGACUCAGAGAGUGGAGCAUCCGGUGCCGACCAAGAAGGAGGAGACGGAGGAGCUGAGGAAGAGGGUGGCGGUCCUGGAGUGUCAGCUACGGAAGAGCGAAGCGAACAAAAAGAGUUUUGAGAUGACAACGGGAAAGCUGCUGAACUUUGUGGAGAACGUCCAGGAGUUCUUGUUGGAAAGUCAUGGACCCACAAAGAGCUACAGCUCUGGAGACGUUAAGGCCGGCCCGUCGUCUCAUGUCCUUCCUCCUCGCUAUAAGAAGAGUCCGUGGACGGCAGCCACGCUGGCCCAGGAGGCGAAGGAGCUCACCCAGACGGUCAGGGCCAUCCUGGAGGUGGACUUGCUGACCUUCUAGAGGAGGACAGCGUGUCGGCUGGACGUCCCUCACCGCUCCUCGUCUCCUCACCUCCUGCUAACAGACUCGUGUUUGAAACCUGCAUGAAACAUGUUCGUCUCUGAGAGGCAGCUGAUUGGUCAGCACACGUCUUCUGGAGCGCCAGCACCGAACAGCAGCUUGGUCCCGGUGUGUCGACCUGCAGUCGGCUGGGACGGCAUUCCCGGCGUUCCUGCAGGUCGAUGCACCGAAAGAGGCCUCCUGAGAAGCUGAUGGACCACGUGAAUGUUUCCCAGUUUGGCCCAUUGGUCCGUUUUUGUCAUGUGACCAGAGUUAUGGCACCACAUCUGUCAACUUUCAUCUCAAAUCAACAGGAAUGACAUUGUCCCUCAAAAAAUCCAACAAAAUCUCUUAAAUAUAUAAAUCCUUCUCAAAAUUUUGAAUUAUUCUGACUUCACCAAAGCUCAUGUUUUUUUUUAUGACAACGUUCACUUUAAGUGUUUUUUUUCUUUCUGUCAUAAAGAAAUCAGAUUUUAGAAGACGUGAAAUCUAAAAGGUGCCUGAACUUGUUCCACAUCGUGAGAAAUGGAUGAAGCUCCCCAAACGUUGGUGUCGUCCUCCAGCUGUGACCCAGCUUCUGUUUCUGUAUCAGUAAAAACCUUCAUCCAACAACCAGUAGGUCAACAUAAAGCUGAGUAUCAGGUUGGUGGGACCUGUAGCUAACGCUCCCUCCUGGGCGGGGCUUCCUGUAGCUUCCUGUUUCCUGCUCAGCGUUCAGUGGUCGAGCGGCCCGACGCUCGUCUUUGUGCAGUAGAUUAGCCGACUAAACGAAGCAUCGUCCAACAGCACAGGAGGAGACAUCCAGCACGUCCGACACACCCAGAUGUGGUCCGACCCGGUCCAGCCUGAGCCUGGUUAGAGUCAUCCGCUGCCUCAGAGCUGAUAUCCUGAAAGGGAUCAGGUUCAGUUCUUUGUCCAAAGCUGCCGCUCUGUAAAAUAUGGUCGUCGUUUCUGUGUUUGACCAGCUGGGCUGUGAUGUACAUGAUGAAUAAAAAGUUUUCAUUCAAACACG